UCCAAGGGAGCAGACCCUUCUCUUUGUCUGCUGCUGCCAGAGCCAUUUUAGGAAUGGGCAGAUGGGGAGAUGAUGGUGGGAAGCAGAAGCUCACCCUGCAGGAUGUGGCAGAGCGAAUUCGGAAGAAGGAGUGUCGCCGGGUGGUGGUGAUGGCUGGCGCUGGGAUUAGCACCCCCAGCGGCAUCCCGGAUUUUAGGUCCCCGGGGAGUGGCCUCUACAGUAAUCUUGAGCAGUACAACAUCCCGUACCCAGAAGCCAUCUUUGAACUGAUGUAUUUCUUUGUCAACCCUAAGCCCUUUUUCACUUUGGCCAAGGAGCUCUACCCUGGCAACUACAGACCCAACUACGCCCACUAUUUCCUGAGACUCCUGCACGACAAGGGGCUCCUCCUGCGCCUCUAUACCCAGAAUAUUGACGGGCUGGAGAGAGUUGCUGGGAUCCCUCCUGAUAGACUGGUGGAAGCCCACGGCACCUUUGCCACUGCCACUUGUACGGUCUGUCGAAGGAAGUUCCCAGGAGAGGACUUCAGGGGGGACGUCAUGGCAGACAAGGUCCCUCACUGUCCUGUCUGCACUGGAGUCGUCAAACCUGACAUUGUGUUCUUUGGUGAGGAGCUCCCGCAGCGCUUCUUCCUGCACAUGACAGACUUCCCCAUGGCAGACCUGCUUUUCGUCAUCGGAACAUCCCUGGAGGUGGAGCCCUUUGCCAGCCUGGCAGGAGCCGUCCGCAGCUCUGUUCCCCGCGUCCUCAUCAACAGAGAUCUCGUGGGACCCUUUGCCUGGCAGCAACGCUACAACGACGUAGCCCAGCUGGGGGACGUCAUCAGCGGGGUCGAGAAGCUGGUGGAGCUGCUGGACUGGAAUGAAGAGAUGCAAACACUAAUUCAGAAGGAAAAAGAAAAGCUGGAUGCAAAAGACAAAUAGGACAGCUGGCUCCCUGCUGCUGGAGCGCGAUGUUCA